ACAAAAAAAGGUUUGAUUUGCGACUGAUAGAUGCUAGCGGUUCCUACCAACCGUCGCCGCUAAUUUUAAAUUUAGGGAUUACGACCCUUUCAUUUAAACCGUCGUGGGUGAGUGAUACCAUAGCGCGGAAUUGCUCGUUCAAUCACACUUAGCUUCAAUCAUCUUCACACCUAAUUCAAACUUCUUCACAACUGAUUCACAUAUCAAUUCCAGAUUCAAUCAUCUUCACAACUCAGAUUCAAUCAUCUUCACAACUGAUUCAAGCUAGUACUCACGAGUUCAGAUUCAAUCUUCUUCACAACUCGUUCGUUACUUCAGAUUCAAUCUUCUUCACAACUCGGAUCGAUUCUUCCUUCAGAUUCGAACUUCGUUCCAGAUUCAAUCUUCUUAAGAUCCAAACUCGUUUGUUCAAGGUAAGAUUCUCCCUUCGUUAAUCUUCAAAUUCAUCAAUUAACCUUCAAAAUCACCUUCAGGUCCAGUUUCUCCCUUCGUUAAUGUUGAAUUUGUUAAAUAUUAUCAAGAUCAUCAAAAGUAUAUUUAUUCAAGUUUGGGGAAAAAGUGGAAGGAGUACCGGUCUUUUUUAUUCAACAAAUAUUAUGAUUGGUCUCUUAGUGUUGAACAAAACAUAGAGAAUUUCCCGGGUGAAGUUACAAAAGAUCAUUGGGCAAUGUAUUUGGAAUAUAGAUUGCAUCCAGACACUAUGAGGAAAGCAGAUCAAAAUGCGAAGAACCGCCAAAAGCAAUGUAUUCCCCAUACGUUAGGCCGAAAGUCAUUGGCAAGAACAAGGGAUGAUAUGGAAAGACGAGAUGGGCGGACCUACAGCAGAGGGGACAUGUAUGAAGUCUCUCACAAGAAGCGAAACGGGGCAUAUGUUAAUGAUGAGGCUCGAAAAAAAAAUGAAGAGUUACAAAAAGAAAUUCGUGCAUCGAAUUCGGUGAAUCAAUCUUUUGUGAAAGUGUUUGGGAAAGAGCAUAAUGGGUAUGUUCGAGGAGUAGGACUUGGUGUAACACCAUCUCAGAUUUUUGGACAUAGUUCUCGUCAUUCAACAUCAGUUGCGGAUGCACAAAUAGCCAAGAUGCAAAGCGAAAUUGAUGCGCUAACUACACAAGUUGCUGAAGUUGAAGCGCUAAAAACAAAAGUUGCUGAAUUUGAUCAGUUGAAAGAACAAUUUGCUUUUAUUAUGGCUAAUAUGAAAGGAAACCAUAUUAUUUGAAUCUAUUUCAUACAUAUGAUGAAGGGAAUCUUACAUGGCUGGUAAGUGAUCAUUCUGAAGCUUGAUAUAUGUAGUGAUUAGUACUAGAAUGACAAAGUUUCUAUAUUCUUUCACGGACGAAAUCAGUAUUGGUGUUUGCUUUUGGAGAUUAGGAUAUUUAAUGUUGCUGGUAGCAUCAUGUUCUGUUUUGGCAUCAUUAAUAUGGUUAGUACUAGUAGAGUUCACAAUGUGAACCACUUGCACACAUAAUGUGGAUCAUGGUGGUGAUAUCAAUCUUUUCUUAAAUUAGUAACAUAGUUUAUCAGAUUAUAUACUAAUCAGUUUAUCAAGUUGUUUCAUUUCUAUAUGGAUAUUGUAAUUGUAAUUGGUAUAGUAACAUUAAAUCAUGAUUUUUCGGAGAACUUUAACUAAUGAGCUAAUGAGCUUUGCAUAUAAGAGAAGAACUUUACUCUGCUUCCUUUAGUGAUGUUAAUAUUAUUUGUAGAAUCUAUUGCAGGUUUUUACAGAAAAAUCAAAGCACCUUUUUUCUCUCAUCAUAUAGGGUAAAAGUCUCGGAAGGAAAAGGCAAGGGGAAGGAUCAAUGAGACACCGUUGAUUCCACAGGAACUAUGUUGUUGUAAUAACAAUAUUGACUCAUCCAUUCUUUUAUUUUUCAAGUUUACGCAAUAUUUGCAAAUCAAAACAUUUGAUGGCUCAUAUACAUAUCCCGACCAUCAUGUGAAUGUCUCGGAUAAGUAAAAUCAAGUGAUAGUGAGGGAACAACUUUUCCCAACACAUUUAUGCUUC